AUGGAGCUUUUCACAUGCUCUGUCUUGAUUUCUUGUGCUGUCGUCUCAAUCUUGUACAUAUGGAGAAUCUUGAAUUGGGUAUGGUUCACCCCCAAAAGCAUCGAAAGCCGCCUCCGCAGCCAAGGCUUCACCGGAAACCCUUACCGGGUGAUGACCGGAGAUCUCAAAGAAAUAGCCGUCCUCGCCAAAAAUGCCCAGUCCCAAUCUAUGGAAUUCACCAACGAUAUCUUGCCUAGGGUUUAUUUUGUCUUCCACAGUGCUUUCCAAAAGUUUGGUAAGAAAAGCUUUGUGUGGUUCGGACCAAGGCCGGCACUGGUAAUCACAGAGCCUGAAGUUGUAAGAGAGAUUUUGUUGAAGAAUUAUAUAUUCCAGAAGAUUCCAGGAAGCCCAUUGACUUCAUUUCUAGGGAAGGGACUUGUGAUGCUCGAGACUGAAUUAUGGGCCAAGCAUAGGAAAUUGAUCAAUCCAGCCUUCCAACUCCAGAAACUAAAGCAUAUGGUGGGAUCAUUUCACUUGAGCUGCACCAAUAUGCUGAAAAAAUGGGACGAACUCGCAAAGACCGGUGGUUCGAUAGAGUUGGACGUAUGGCCUUAUCUGUCGGAGAUGACGAGCGACGUGAUUGCACGCGCUGCUUUCGGAAGUAGCUACAAUCAGGGAGGGAGGAUCUUCCACCUUCAAAAACAACAAGCUGAGAGCAUCAUUCAAGCCAAUCGCUCUCUCCACUUUCCUGGAUGGAGGUACUUCCCGACGAAAGAAAAUAAGAGGUUGAAGAAUAUCACUGAAGAAAUUGAAUCGAUAUUUCGGAGCAUUAUCACUGCAAGACUGGAUGAAGAAGCCGGCGUCAGGGAAACGGACGACUUGUUGGGAGUACUAUUGGAAUCUAAUGCCCGAGAAAUGAAAGAAAACGGAGCCAAGUUCGGGAUGAGCAUGAAGGAUGUGAUAGAGGAGUGCAAGAUCUUCUUCUUUGCCGGCCAGGACACCUCGGCAACUCUCCUCGUCUGGACAAUGCUUCUACUCAGCAAGCACCAGGAUUGGCAAGCCCGUGCCAGGGACGAGGUGUUGGAAGCUUUCGGGAAGAGGAAACCCGACUAUGAAGAGCUAAGCCACCUCAAAAUUGUGACUAUGAUCGUGCACGAGGUUCUGAGGCUGUACCCGCCGAUCGUGAUGCUGGCGCGGCUGACUGAAAAGGACGGCUCGUCAGGGAAGGUGAGGAUACCGGGCGGGGUGCAGCUGAUGCUGCCGGUGCUGCUGCUGCACCACGACCCGGUGAUAUGGGGGGAAGACGCGAAAGAGUUCAAUCCAGAGAGGUUCGCGCAGGGCGUGUCGGAGGCUACAAAGGGCCGGCUCACCUACUUGCCCUUCGGAUGGGGGCCGAGGGUUUGCAUCGCGCAGAAUUUCGCGCUGCUGCAGGCGAAGAUGGCGCUGGCCACCAUACUGCAGCACUACUCGUUCCGGCUGUCGCCUUCGUAUUUGCACGCUCCUCAUACGGUGGUGAGCCUCCAACCUCAGUAUGGAGCGCCCUUGUUUCUUACAAAGAUUUGA